AUGCACAUCCCCAAGUACCUACCAACUUCGCGAAAACUACUGGACGCUACUGAGCGACUGUCUCACUGCAAAUGUGACCUGACGGGCAGCGACUGGCUGGCGGGCAAGACGUGCUCUCGCUGCAUUGUAGGCGCGCGGAACCAGGUGAAACGGCACCUGGCCAUGCAUGACGGCAGUCCAGUGCCGGGAUUGGACGACAGCGGUGGGUGGCCCCCUGAAGCUGAUGGGACCCCGGGUUUUUCGCUGGUUCCUGGCGAUCGCAGUCCACUCGUCAAAUGUGAAGCACUGAAGGAUGGGACCCAGGGGCUUCCCGACCAGGCGAAACGCCAGACCACCCUUAUUUCUGCAUUAGCAUGA